AUGGAACGUCUUUCGCGGGAGGCCGUCGUAAGCUGCGAUAAGAAGCAGAAGGCACGAGAGGAACGCUUCGCUGCCUCCCUGCAACGGCGGUUGGAGCGACGCAAGGCGCGUGUCGAUGCGCUUGUCGCGAAGGCGUUGAAGGCGGAAGCGACAGCCAAGGCAAAGGAGGAAGCCCUUGCUAAGGCUGAGAUGAGUGCCAAAGCGGAUCAACAAUCCGAGGAAACUAUUCGCCAGCGCCAGGAGCAACGGGCUGCGCGCGUCAAGGGGCUUGUGGAAAGCCGCACAAAAGCAUCGACAGCGGAGGCCGAAGUCGGCAGCUUGAGUGUUGGAAAACAGCUCACCGGGGAGCUUCACCCGGCUAUGGAGGACCAAGAUGCACGCAUUGAGGCCAUUAUCGCGGAGAUUCUUAAUGUAGAAAAGGCCUCUGACAACGACGAGAACGCGGAAACGCUGGCGGCGGAGCAGACGGCGGCUGCCUCGACUAGUCGCAGGUCGGGGCGCAAGGCGAAGACUACUGCCGUGGUACUGCUGGAAACCCCUGAUGUUGCCACCUCCACGGCAGAGGUGCCGCAAGAGUCGAUGCCUGUGGAAGCGGAAGCGGCAGAGGCAUCUCUGGAGGAGGCUAUCACACGACAAAUGCAGGGCCGACCUGUAUCAGCACAGCCGCAAGCAACUACCGAUGUGUCGACUGCAGCACCAGUGGAGGCUGUUGAGGAAGCAGUGGCAACAAUGUCAGAAGUGCAGGAGGUACGCGUAGAUGCUGAACUGCCACCCUCACCACCAAUGCCGCUUUCGUCCGCCACUGCCGAACCGAAGGAACUGGCGAGCGCGCAUGAAUAUUUUGUGGCGCACUUAGAGAAGGCGAAGGAGCGCACCACAGCACCACUGUUGACCCGCAUCCCACCAGCGCCGAGCGCCCCCGCCUCGUCACCAACGCCCCCGAGGACCUGGAUGGUGGCCGAGAAUUCAACAGGGCUCUUCCGCUUGUAG